AUGGGUUUUUCAUACUUUCUGGCUGCCCUUUGUCUGGGUAUCGCCUCAGCUGCUCUAGAACAUGAUCAAAAUUUAGAUGCACAAUGGAACCAGUGGAAGUCAACAUAUAAGAGACCAUAUAGCACGGAUGAAGGUGGUUGGAGGAGAUCAGUGUGGGAGAAGAAUAUGAAGAUGAUUGAACUACACAAUCGGGAAUACAGCCAAGGGAAGCAUGGCUUCACGAUGGCCAUGAAUGCCUUUGGUGACAUGACCAAUGAAGAAUUUAGGCAGGUGAUGAAUGGAUUUCAAAACCAGAAACACAAGAAGGGAAAGAUGUUCCGUGAGCCUGUCUUUCUUGAGGUCCCCAAAUCUGUGGAUUGGACUCAGAAAGGCUAUGUGACUCCUGUGAAGAAUCAGGGUCAGUGUGGUUCUUGCUGGGCUUUUAGUGCAACUGGUGCUCUUGAAGGACAGAUGUUCCGGAAAACUGGCAAACUUGUUUCCCUCAGUGAGCAGAAUCUGGUGGACUGCUCCCGGUCUGAAGGCAAUAAUGGCUGCAAUGGUGGCCUCAUGGAUUAUGCUUUCCAGUAUGUUAAGGACAACCUAGGCAUUGAUUCAGAGGCUUCCUAUCCAUAUCUUGCAACGGACACACAGACCUGUAACUACAAGCCUGAAUAUUCUGUUGCCAAUGACACUGGCUUUGUGGACAUCCCUCCACGGGAGAAGGCACUGAUGAAGGCAGUGGCAACUGUGGGCCCUGUCUCUGUCGCUAUUGAUGCAGGUCAUGAGUCCUUCCAGUUCUAUAAAUCAGGCAUUUAUUAUGAACCAGAUUGCAGCAGCAAAGACCUGGAUCAUGGUGUCCUGGUGGUUGGCUAUGGCUAUGAAGGAAAAGAUUCAGCAAACAACAAAUACUGGAUUGUCAAGAACAGCUGGGGUUCAAGUUGGGGCACGAAUGGCUAUGUAAAGAUGGCUAAAGACCAGAACAACCACUGUGGAAUUGCCACAGCAGCUAGCUAUCCCACGGUGUGA